GAGAGAGAGAGGAAAAGAGAAAAAAGAAAGGAAGGGCGCGAGAGAAGAAGGAGAAGAAGAAUCACAGAAAUUCGUCAUCACGGCUGUUCUUGGAACCCUCUGGUGGGAUCUCCACCACCAGCAAGAGAUAGAAAAAAGAAUCCCAUCCCCUAACGGUGGUAGAGGCGCUCUACCUUCUGAAGGCGGUAGUCCUUCUGAUCUUCUAUUCCUUGCAGGUGGUGGUUUUCUUGCUCCCUUUAACCUUACCCCCUCGUCGAUUUCUUCCAUCUUCAAUCUCCUCGACGAACUGGGGAUUUACUAACCCUAACCCAACCUAACCCUUUCUUUAGCUUCCCUAACCUACCAUAUCUCGUCCCAUAUUUGGUGUUUGCUUUCAUUCUUUUUGAGAUGUUGACCAUCAAAAGGGUUCCCACUGUCGUCUCCAACUUCCAGGACGACGAAGCCCUCCGAUCCUCCGGUUGCGGCCGGAAUUGCCUCGGCAAGUGUUGCCUCCCUGGAUCGGGGCUCCCGCUGUAUUCUUUCAAAAGAGAUGGGGACGAUUCGAUGAGAAGCAAGGCUGUGGCUGUGGGCUUGUCUGAGGAAGACGAAGAGAACCCUGAGAUAUCUUUCCUGGACAUCUUGCUCCUGGGACAGUGGGAGGACCGGAUGAGUCGAGGGCUCUUCCGCUACGAUGUCACCACCUGUGAGACCAAGGUUAUUCCCGGCCAAUAUGGGUUCAUUGCGCAGCUUAACGAAGGUCGCCACUUGAAGAAGCGACCCACCGAGUUCCGUGUCGACAGGGUUCUGCAGCCAUUCGAUGAGAACAAGUUCAAUUUCACUAAGGUUGGCCAGGAGGAGGUGCUUUUCAGGUUCGAACCCAGUGAUGAUGGCAAGACCCUCUACGUCCCUAAUGCAUCUAUUAAUGGUGGUGCCUCCCAAUCUCCAAGUGUAGUUGCUAUUAACGUGAGCCCAAUCGAGUACGGCCAUGUGCUUCUGAUUCCUCGUGUGCUCGACUGCUUGCCUCAGAGGAUCGAUCGUGACAGCUUGUUGCUUGCUCUUCAUAUGGCCUCUGAAGCUGCAAACCCCUUCUUCAGAUUGGGUUACAACAGCUUGGGUGCCUUUGCCACCAUUAAUCACCUCCAUUUCCAGGCGUACUACUUAGCUACACCCUUCCCCGUCGAGAAGGCACCAACUCGAAAAAUAUCCAUGGUGAAGGGGCUGCCAGAGAGGGGAGUCAUGGUCUCCCAGCUAUUGAAUUAUCCUGUUAGAGGACUGGUCUUUGAAGGUGGAAACACAAUUCAAGAUCUUUCGGACGCUAUUGCCAGUUCUUGUAUUUGCCUUCAAGAUAACAAUAUCCCUUAUAACGUCCUCAUCUCUGGUUGUGGCAAACGGGUCUUCAUCUUCCCCCAGUGUUAUGCAGAGAAACAAGCACUUGGAGAAGUGAGCCAAGAACUUCUGGACACCCAAGUAAACCCAGCAGUGUGGGAGAUCAGUGGACAUAUGGUGUUGAAGAGGAAGAAGGAUUAUGAAGAUGCAUCGGAGGACUACGCAUGGAGCCUACUUGCCGAAGUGUCUCUCUCAGAUGAGAGGUUCGAAGAGGUGAAGGCUUACAUCCUGGAAGCUGCAGCGUUGCAAGAGGCAUGCGAAGAGGCCAAAGACUCGGAUGAGGAGCAGCAAGAUGCUGUGUUCGACCAUCCAGUUCUGCCUGCCAAUCCUCAUCUUCCCCAAGAUUGUUUAGUUCUGCAGUGAAUUACUACCUAGUAUCGCCAAUUUAAAAAAUUUAUGUAGUUUGCUUCUGCAGUGAAGAUGGCAGUAGCCCAGAAUUU